AUGUCGGGUGCCGUGGGCCGUGAAGCAGUCUUCCCGACUCGUCAGUCAUUGGGGUUGAUGAAGGGUAAGCUGAAGGGCGCAGAGAUUGGCCACAGCUUGUUGAAGAGAAAGAGUGAAGCGUUGACAAAACGAUUUCGCGAGAUCACUCGACGUAUCGAUGAAGCCAAGCAGAAAAUGGGCCGCGUCAUGCAGAUUGCCGCUUUUUCCCUAGCGGAAGUGAGCUAUGCUGUUGGAGGCGAUAUCGGCUACCAGAUUCAAGAGUCCGCUAAACAGGCUCGAUUCCGUGUCCGAACCAAGCAAGAGAAUGUGUCCGGUGUCCUUCUUCCUCAUUUCGAGAGUUACACGGAAGAUUCAAUCAACGACUUUGGCCUUACUGGUCUUGGAAAAGGAGGUCAACAAGUGCAGCGAUGUCGGGAAACGUAUGCUAGAGCGGUAGAGACUCUGGUUGAGCUUGCCAGUCUACAGACUGCGUUCGUCAUCCUGGAUGAGGUGAUUAAGGUUGUCAACCGGAGAGUCAACGCCAUUGAGCAUGUUAUUAUUCCUCGUACGGAAAACACUAUCAAAUAUAUCAACUCCGAACUUGAUGAACUCGACAGAGAGGAGUUCUACCGACUGAAGAAAGUUUCAGGCAAGAAACAACGAGACAACGCCGCCGCCGAUGCCGAGGUCAUGGCUGCUCGAGAGGCAGAGAAACGGCUAACUGAAGCAGAGCGUGAAAAGGAGGUACCCGAUGCCCCCGAUGUUCUUGGGGAGCAAGAAGACGCAGAUGUCAUCUUCUAA